UUAGUACUCAGUAGAUGGCACCAGAUAGGCUGACUACACUACAUUUAAAUUGCUAAUCACGAAUAGUAUAUGGAGAGUUGACUGGAAUCUUUAGCUCUAAUUGUUGUUGAUAGAUCUAAAAUUAAAAUUGACAAUAGGUAUUUAUAGCCUUGUGUUAAUACGCGAAGCAUCACAUAUACGUCUGAUGAUAAAAACAUGCUGGUAUGUGAGUCCUAUCGUGCAAACCAAUAUAACCCCAAGUAGAUUUCUUUGUAUAAGAUGUUUAAACCCCUAAGCCCUUGCUUAUAUCUGAUUCUAAGAACAUAAGUAUGUACAAGGCAACAGAAAAGUUACUGCAGUCACAACAAUUAACAUGAACGAAAUGUUUAUUUAGCUCCUUCAAAUAUUUUUAUUUUCAUAUGGGUAUUUAUACAAUUCCUUUGAUAAUCGUGCCUUCUGGAAGCAAAAUGACGCUCCAGAAAUCCAUGCAAUGAAAAUAACACAUUGUUUAACAAGAGCGUAGCUAUACGACAAAGCAUAAGUAUGUAACCAGCAAAAUUAAAAGUGAAUGAACAAUUAACAUUUACAUCAACCUUCAAUAGGUUAUUUUAAACAGUUUUAUAUUACUUGUGGGUAAAUUUAAUUGUAAAAAAACUAGCAAUUUUAAUUUAAUUAAUAUGCCGUUUUUCUCGCCAGUGAUUGAAUUAAUAUUUCUUUUUUUAAAUUUUUUCUAAAAAUAAUGUUAUUUUUAUUUAUUACAGAUCCCUGUUAAAAGUUAUAUCAAACGAACUUUAAAAAAAGCUAUAAAAUUAGGGGGUAGCCAAAGCAUAAAAUAUCACAUUUCAUGAACUGAACUUGCGUAUAUCACAGAAGCUGAUCAUUAUUUUUAUUAACUACAAAAAAAUUGCCGGGAAAACAAGAGAAGUAAAAAUCCUUUAAAAUUCUGUUAAAAAAACCCUAAAUACUUCCCUGCUAUGUAGCUUAAAAACUAAAUAAAUCAUAAGAAUACUCUAGUAAAUCCUGUUUUUUUUUAGAUUUUCUAUGCUUAUUUAAAUUUUCAAGAGAUGCUUUAAAGACAAUUUAAAUGGCUCUAUGAAUGACAUUAGAAACACACAGCAAAGAUAGCAAUAAUGGGCCAUUCAUAUUCAACAAGUAAUAUCGGUACAUCUGAAAAAGCGGUCAUAUCAAUAAACGAUCCUUCUAUGACGUCUCCACAUAAAGUUGGAACAUUUUCAAGUAAAACCUCGCACAAUGACAAAAAUAAAUCAGAUUCAGCAUCUAACAACAGGAAAAAGUUAAUAAGAUUAGGAACUAUCAGGAGAAAACUUACACGUUCAUUGCGAACUGUGAAGAACUUAGAUCAUCGUAAGCACAUUCGUGAUUUAUUGCAAACAUGCACAGUGGGUGAGAUCAAGUCUCUCUUGAGAGAAUAUGAUGGUAUAGAAGCAUUAAAAGAACUAACAAGACUCAGCAAUAACGUAAGACAGUAUUCAAAUUCGAUUACACGUGACCUAGAAAUACUUUACGAUAAAGAAUACUGUUGGAACCUUUGUCUUAGAUAUAAAAAUAGGAUUUUUAAAGUUCAUACAGCAAUUCUUUGCUCGCGUUGUGACUUUUUUACCAAAUAUUUACCAAAAGAUGCCAUAUCAGAUAGGAAUAAACCAGUCGAGUUACAUAUACUUGCGAUUGAUUUAAAUGUGGAAGUGUUUUCAUCUUUACUUAAAUAUGUAUAUUGUGGUUACUCCAAUGAUGCAGGUCUACUGAAUGUGCUAUCCAAACUUGGAGAACAAUUUGGAAUGUUAGAUCCUGUUAAAAACGAUAUGAAAGCCUUACUAGAUAAGAAAGACUAUGUUGAUUUGGUUUUGGUUUUCAAAAAUAAAACUACUGUGGAUACUAUUAGUGGCAACGCCUGUCACACAUACGUAGAAAAAGGUGACAGCAGUGUGGACAACAUGUUGGAAUUCCCAUGUCAUGCUUCUGUACUAUGUUCCAGAUCUGCGUUUUUUGAAUCUCUUUUGGUAAAAACAUUUGCUACAUUUAAUAAUAGAAGCAAGCCUUUAAAACUUGUACUCAAUGAACAUGUACUCCCACGUACUUACAUGAAAGUGAUAUUAAAUUGUUUUUAUACCGACACUGUGAUGUUAGAUUCUAUUAUCAAAUGGAAGUUAGCUGAUGAUGGUAGUGGUGAAGCUGAUAGAUUAUUAACCAUAUCUGAACUGGCUAUGGAAUUGUACGAGAUAGGAUGUUUUUUAGAAUUCCCUGUUUUAAAGAAAGGUUGUGAAGAUAUCAUAACUUCGCAGUUAAACGUGUCGUCGUUGCUUAGUGUUUUGGAAUGGAGUUCACAGCCAUUUGGUUCACUUUACGUGCACAGACAAGCCAUGGAAUUUUUUCAAGAUGAGUUUUAUAGCCUGUGCAAAACUUCUGUAUUUCUUGCAAAUAUCCCAAAAAGGUUUUUGCUUCGUGUUAUCAAGAGUGAUUUUCUUCAGGCAAACGAAGAAUUUAUACUUGCUACCGUCAUAAAGUGGGGCGAAUGGCAAGUUGUCAAGUCAAAUGAACAACCUGGCACCAGUCCGGGUAACUCUUUACUAAGAAGAAGUCCAAAACGCCGUGAUGUUAACAACGGAAUAUUGCGGGACACGAUUUCUGAUUUACUACCUUACAUUCGUUUGAAACACAUUUUGCCAGCAAACUCAUCUGUAUUAAAUACUGCAUACCAACGUGGGUUGCUGCAGCGCCCAUUUCCGUUUGAUGUGGUGGCUUCGGAGAAACAAUGCGCCGCUUCUCCAGUAUAUUGGUUGCGUAGUGGUCCAAAAUUGGACUAUCUGAGACCACGCUUGUUUUUACCGUAUGUUUAUGAAGUAAAGUUAGUACUUCACGAACGCCUUUGCACAGCAAGUGAUCAUGAUAUGCAUGCAUCUUCAUACUAUCAUUCCAUGCCAGACAUGUUGCUUCCUUUGCAACGUACGAACAGUGGCCCCAAAACACCUAGCGAUGAAGAGCUGCACAGCGCAGCCAUUAUGUCAUUGCUAGAUUCUAUUCAAAUUGAUCAAACGACAAGACGGAAAAUGAUGCUGCGAGAAAAAGAACUGAAAAUGUCAACCGAAGUUUUGAAAGCAUUAUCUCUUUUACCGGACAGUCGUGAAAUAAGCGAAGAGGUGCAACUUCGUGUGGUACGCGAGUUUGGUUAUCCUGAUGAAAUUGCCAGCAAAAUAUUCCAGCAAGUACCAGAUUUAAUCGAGGAUUCUGAGAAUAGUUCAGAUUCAUCUAAGCAUAGCACUCUCUCAAAGGUUGGACAACUGUUCACGCAAGAAUCAAAUGUCUUGCGGAGUGAUGUUGUUUACGCUACCGACGAAUGCGCAUCUUUGAAAGAAGAUAUUAUUUCAGAUGUUAAAUUCAUUAUGGACAGAACUUAUGAAAACUUACAUGUGGACAAUUCCUCACUGCGCUCUGUAGAGGAUUCUCCUUUAGACUUACCGCUGCGGGAACAGCGAAUUAUGGUUCAAAUUAACAUUGAACUUCCAAAUGUAUUGAUGGAUACGUGAGGCACUGAAAACCCUUAGCAUACUAUUUUUGCGCCUAAUUUUCACGAGUCGGUGAAAUCUUUAUUUUAAAAGCACUCGAAGAUGGCAGAUUUCGCGUGUCUAAAUUUUCGCUGAUAUCGGAAAAUUCUGCUGUUUUAAAUAAAGUACACACAAAAAUAGUAAGCUUAAAUUAUAUUUAAUAUGUUUUAACAUUCACUUAUGGUUACUGUAAAGGAAACAAUUUUUUUUUUUUUUUUGGGGGGGGGGGGUUUGCAAAAGAAAAAAACAUUCUCUUUUGAAUGACAAAUUUUAUAUUCCAUGAAAAUAUCCUUCGCGCCUUCGAGGAUAUGUGCAAAUUGAGUUAAGCAUAUUUUUUGUAAACAUUAUGCAUAAUAUGGAACUAUAUAUAUAUAGAAAUAUAUAUAUAUUAUAUAUGAAACUUAAAAAGGUUUCUUUUUACGGUGCCUAUGGGGACCUCCUUUAGGGAGUCAUUACGAGCACAUUAAAGGAGUCAAAAUAAGUGCUCAGAUGACUCCUUUUAAGUUGUCAUGAUUAAUGACUCCUUCUUGUUACUCAUUUCAACAUAUAUUCAAAACGACUCCUUUACAGGAGUCAAUUUUUCUGACUCUUUUUAUGUACUCCUCACAGGCACCCCGUCAAUGAAUCCGUAAAGGGUUUCAAUGCUUAAUAAUAGUUCCCGUUACGCGUUCAUCGCGCAGAAAAAAACAUCAGAUAUAACAUUGGCGUUUUUAUUGCUUUGUUAAUUCAGGCAAAAAAAUGUACAUAAAUUUAUUAAUAUAUUGGGAACAUAAAAAUAUUAAUUAUUAUCAAUAACGAAAAAUAAAUAUUAGGAACGAAAAAUAUUAAUUAUUAUCAAGAACUAAAAAUAUUAAUUAUCAAUAACGAAAAAUAAAUACUAGGACCGAAAAAUAUUCAAAUUGUAUUACACGUGCAUGGACAAACACUAACUCAAAGAACCUAAAUUCGCACAAGCAAAUUUCAAUUACAAAGCCAACACUGAAGAUUUCAGGAAGAACGUUUUUGGGUGACAAUUUUUAGAAAUGUUUUUCGGGAAUUUAUAACAUACAUAUACAAGUAAAAAUACUUAACACAUAAGUAAAACAGUUACUACAAUCUUAAAAAUAUGCUACAUAAAUAUUUUUUUUCUUUUUUCCUGUGAAUUUUUUUGAAAAGCAGCAUAGAGGAAUCUCCCCACUAUUAAAAAUCUAGGGCAGUUCUUAAGAUAUCAAAUUUCAAAAACUUGCAUGAGCACAUAGGAAAUUGACAUGUUUUUCACAGGUGUAAAUAUUUUUUUAUAAUAUAUUAAAGAUAAAAAUAGGACUACGCAACGUUUUUGUAUACAUUAAUUUAAGAAUAAUUUCAGAGUAAAACUUUUCAAGCAGGUUUUUGUGUGGUAUGUAUAUAAAACGUAAAAGUAGGAUGUCAUACUCAUUGCUUUUUUGCUGAGAUGUUGAAGGACAGAGAUCAAUAGAACGUUUACAUGUGCACCAAUGUCUAUUUUAUACGUAACCAUUGUAUCAUUGGUUGAGAGAUCGAUUAGCCAGUCUGGAUGGUCUCAUGCAGUUGGAUCGGACAUUUCGUUGAUGUCGUUCGCUUUCGGAGGUUGGUUCAAGUUCGAUUGAUCUCAGAAAGAAUUCAUUGUCUGAACUGUCUGAGUCUGAAUUAGAUUGAUGUUCCUGUUCAACCGAGCCAACUAGUUUUGAUGGACGUUGUGAAUAUCUCUUUGGUUUAUUAUUACGUGGAGAUAAGUUUUGAUUAGAUUUUUGACAUUAUUUAGAAAAGUGUCCUUUACUUUCACAGGUAUUGCAUAUUUUGCCGUAUGCUGGGCAUGAACUACGAGGAUGACUUCCAGCACAGAAUUUGCAUUUCAUGAUUUCUUUGCUUUUUUGAUGAUGGAUCAUCUGCUUGAUAUCAGAAUUAGCAGUUGAUGACGAUGGAGUUGAGUCAGGUUUGUUGUGAGAAUAGACUUUGCAACUUUGAGACCUCACUAGCUCUGCAGUUGGAUAGUACUUUUUCGAAUGUGAUGUCGUUUUCGCAGAGUAGGCGUUC